AUGGCUCUUACUAGCAGGAUUCCCCGUGGAUUUGCAAACCUCUCAUUUCUUGUUUCUCUUGACAUGGGAAGCAACAAUUUCCAAGGAAAUUUGCCUCGAGAAAUGGCACACUUGCGCCAGCUUAAGUUUCUUGAUUCAAGUGUCAACAGCUUCAACGGGAAGAUUCCCUCUUGGUUUGGAUUCUUACACCAAAUUCAAGUUCUAAAUCUUAGGAAUAAUAGCUUCACUGGUUCUAUCGCGUCUUCAUUCUCUAAUAUGUCCACACUUGAGACUUUGAAUAUGAACUUCAAUUCCAUAGAGGGAAAAAUUCCAAAAGUGAUUGGAAAACUUAUAAACCUUAGAGUAUUAAAAUUGGAAGGAAUAGUUCCACAAGAAAUUGAAAAUCUUAAUAAUUUGAUGGAGUUAUUGAUGCAGAAAAACCAGAUUACCGGCUCUGUCCCAAUCUCCAUAUUCAAUAUCUCGUCGCUGCAAAUUUUGUCACUGUGGAAGAACAAUCUUAGUGGAUUCUUACCACGGGAGAUUGGCAACUUAACCAAGAUGCAGAUUCUACAGCUUAGUGGAAAUAAGCUUAUAGGUGAAAUACCUAAAGAGAUAAGCAAUCUCGUUGAGUUGGAGGAACUUGAUCUUGCGGAUAAUAGUUUUAGUGGUCAACUUGAUAUGGAAAUCUUCAACAUAUCAGGGCUGAGAAUAAUUGAUCUUACCGACAACAAUAUAUCAGGAAGCCUCCCACCAAACAUAGGUUGUAUCUUACCCAACAUUGAAGAGCUCUAUCUUAACGACUUAACCAAUCUUGUUGGGACUAUUCCUCAUUCCAUCUCCAAUUGUUCAAAACUAACUAUUCUUGACCUUGCCGGCAACAAACUCACUAGCUUGAUUCCCAAGUCACUUGGAUAUCUGACACAUCUACAAAUCCUAAUCUUGGAGGAAAAGAAUUUAACCAGCGACUCAUCAUUUAGCUUCCUGAGUUCCUUAACCAGUUGCAGAAAUUUAACACUUCUUGUUAGAUCUUUCAACCCUCUAAAUGGCGUGCUUCCAGCCUCCAUGGGGAACCUUUCCACAUCUCUUAGAACAUUUGUUGCCAACAGUUGUAAAAUCCAAGGGCGAAUUCCUAAUGAGGUUGGGAACUUAAGCAGCUUAUUAUUCCUUUAUCUUUCUGGAAACAACUUGGUCGGAUCGAUUCCAACAUCAAUUGGCAACUUGAGAAACCUUCAGCGCUUCGACUUGACUAACAACAAAUUAUCAGGAUUUAUUGGAGAUUAUAUAUGUAAAUUGCAGCAUUUGGGUGAUAUUUACUUUGGUCAUAAUCAUCUUUCAGGAUCGCUUCCUUAUUGUUUAGGGAAUAUUACUUCCCUCAGGGAAAUACAUCUGGGUUCCAAUAAAUUGAGCUCCAAUAUACCACCAAGCUUAGUUAACCUUCAAGAUCUAGUGGUUCUUGACUUAUCAUCAAAAGACAUGGUAGGUUCUUUACCUCCAGAAAUUGGAAAUCUAAAGGAUGUGACACUGAUAGAUGUAGCAGUGAAUCAAUUCUCAAAUUGCAAACUUUGGGGCACCUAUCUUUGA